AUGACGACAACAGAUGUGUGUGUCGGUAACAAGUACCGCAUCGGGCGCAAGAUCGGUGGCGGCAGCUUUGGUGACAUCUACCUAGGCACCCACAUUAUCUCCGGUGAGGAGAUUGCUAUCAAGCUCGAGAACGUCAAAGCGAAGUACCCUCAGCUGGCAUACGAAGCCCGUGUCUACAAAUCUCUCGCUGGCGGUAUCGGUAUUCCCUUAGUCCGUUGGUUCGGUACCGAAUGUGACUACAAUGCCAUGGUGAUUGAUCUCCUAGGUCCCAGUCUGGAGGACCUGUUCAACUUUUGCAACCGCAGGUUCUCACUCAAGACCGUCCUGCUUCUCGCCGAUCAGCUCAUAUCCCGCAUUGAGUACAUCCACGCCAGGUCGUUCAUCCACCGUGAUAUCAAGCCCGACAACUUCCUAAUGGGUAUCGGCAAGCGUGGUCACCAGGUCAAUGUGAUCGAUUUCGGACUGUCCAAGAGGUACCGUGACCCCAGGACUCACUCUCACAUUCCCUACCGUGAGAACAAGAACCUUACGGGUACUGUCCGUUACGCCAGUAUCAACUCCCACCUGGGUGUCGAGCAGUCGCGCCGUGACGACAUGGAGUCACUCGGCUACGUGAUGCUCUACUUCUGCCGCGGCUACCUACCUUGGCAGGGUCUGAAUGCAGCUACGAAGAAGCAGAAGUACGACCGCAUUAUGGAGAAGAAGAUGUCCACCCCAACCGAGGUUCUCUGCCGUGGGUUUCCCAAAGAGUUCGCCGUCUACCUGAACUACGCUCGGUCGCUCCGCUUCGACGACAAGCCUGACUACAUGUACCUGCGCAAGUUGUUCCGUGACCUCUUCGUCCGCGAGUCCCUGCAGUACGACCACGUCUUCGACUGGACCGUCUACAAGUAUCAGAAGAACGUCAGUUUGAUUGUGGACGCGUCCUUCCUGGACGCGUCCAGGAAGGACAAUGGUGACGAGCAAGCGCAGCCUGGGGUGCGGCUGGCAACCCCGGCCAGUACUACCGCCAAGCCGGGUGCGAUCUGGAGCCAGCGCAACAAGGUCAUUGACCGCAGCACGCUGGACCACACUCCGGACACCAACCGUGCCGUGGGAGGCAAUGACAAGGGGUUUCACACAGCGUCGCAUCCACCCCGUAGAACGUGGGUCAGACCACCGUGCAAUUGA